CAUAGGCAACACAAACACCAGGCAGUGCUGGCAGUAAACUCAGCGUUUCAGUUUUUCCUCCCACACUCAGCUGUGACUUUUACUUUGAUGUCUUGAAGAAUCUAAUUUUGUUUUUGUUUGUUUGUUUUUGUAAAGCUAAGUAGAAAUGCCACCAAAGGCAGCUAAAAGAAAACCGCACAAAAAUGGCAGUCUGACUCCAGCUGCAGUCAUCAGCAAGAACUGGGAGUGUGGUCUGACUUCAGCCGUGUUUGAAGAGGACUCCUGGAAGGUCUGUGUAUCACUGUUGGUUGGAAGAAGUUCACAGGAUGAGGAGCUGAUGGGGCCUCUGGUGCUGGCUGUCCAGAAACCAUUACGCAGACAUUUCACCUGUCUCACAUGGGACGACACUCUAGCAGAGAUCAGAGAACUGGGAAAUCCCAGUGUUAAAAAAGCUGACAGGGCCCCCAUGUUUUAUGAGGUGACAGAGUCUGCAAAAGUGCUUCUGGAUGCAGGAGAGGAGAUUCCCUGUGACCUGAUGGCAAAAAUACUCAAGUUUCAACUUCUGCAGAUAAAAUCGAAAGAUCAGCAGAGGAUGGCAGCAGAGCAGGCUGUGGGGGAGGGGAAGGGAAAAGAAAAAGAUGGAGUCGAUGGAAGAGAAUCUGUUGUCUCUUCCAAGUCUCUUGACAAAAAGGCAAAGAAAACACACUCAUCCGUGGAAGCUUCAAAGGAAAAAAAGACCAAAUUGAAACGGCGGAAUGAGACUGAGCCACCUCAGUUCAUUGAUGACGAGCCUGAAAAUGGUCCUCAUCACUACAUCCUUUUGUUGGGCUUUUACAACCCCCACCUUGUGGUGGAGCUCGAAGGCAUCGGCAUUUAUGUCAACAGUGUCAUCAAGUUGUUUUUUGAGCAGCAGCGUGCGCCUGAUGACAGCGAGCUGAGCCAUGGAGAACCUGCAAUUUUGGAUACAGACCUUAGUUGUGAUGUGAGGCAGCCUGUGGAAAGAAGGAAUCCAGAACUGUUCUGGUCAGGUCUGAGUUCGGUAUUGGACAGCCAGCUGCCUGAUUCCAAGCUCUGGGACGUUGCUCAGCUCAGUUACAACGUCCCAAAUGUCUCAUAUCCUGUCCCCACACAGGAUCCUGACACUGUGCUGGCAUUAGGAAGCUCCGUCUUUGAGGGUGUGGCCCAUCUCAUCUAUGACUGUUUGGAUUGGCAGAAGCAGCACCAGCACUACCUCAACAACAUUAACCUCAUCAGCGUACCUGCUGUUGUUGGGACAGAGCUACUCCCUGCACAGGCAUCUUCACACUCCAGGAAGAAGGCAGUGCAGCAGCAGCAAACCCCACCAGAGGCGGAGCCUCCUGUCUUGACCACAGAUGUGGACAUGUAUUACUACAGCCACCUGCUGGACUCCGUUCCCCCUGAAGCCUGCUCUGUAGCCCUGAUCCUGCACUGUAUGCUGGAGCAGGUGGUGAUUUCCACACAGCAGCUUGCGUCUCUUUCCUCCUGUGUGGCAGAGACGCUGCGACCUGAUGAUGACCCUUGGUCAGACCAUCAUCUGGCGUGUUGCAUCCUCCAAAGAUUCCUGCCUCUGGCUUCCAUAGAAGAGGAGACAAACCAAAUGUUAAACAGCUUCCCGACUGUCGCAGAAAAUGAACAAGAAAAGAAGAGGCUGGUGGAGACCUUUGGGGUGCCAGAGCAGGAGAAGAAGGUUAACCAUCCUGUGAUUUUCAGACAGCAGGAUGAGAGGGCUCUGCGCCUGAAGGACGUAACUGGGACUACUGGGUUUGACCCAGCAGAGGCUGAGCUGUCCAUUCUCAAGCUUUCUCCACUGUGGGAGCUGAUCCACUCUGUAAAUGCCAACCCCCUCUGGGGCACACGAAAACAGGAGCUGCACUUCUACUGCUGCACAGAAGAUGGUGUGUCUUGGCCUGAGGUGGAACUUCUGUUUCAUCAGAGUGUGUUUGAGAGCAUGCCGCUGACCAGUGUCGAUAAAUAUGGGGUGUUAGUGAAUGCAGCUCAAGGACCAGCUCAGCACACAACUCCCUCGGUAAUUCCUUGGGAUGAUCCGCUGGCUUUCGCCAAACAGCAGCUACGCAACCAAAAGAAUAAAGGUUUGACAUUUUUGACUGAAGAUCCUGGAAAUGUGGAGCGCAUCAGUUUGUCUGACAUUCAGAUGUGUAGGCGGAGAUCUUUGCAUGAUUGGCGCUACGCUGAACACCACAGUGCAAGUGUGUUAGCACAGAUGCUUCAGUUCGUGUCAGAAGAAUUCCGCUGCUUGGACACAACCGGAGGAAGCUGCAACAACACCUUGUACAUUUUCUGCCACAAUCCUAUGAGUGCAAAUCGCCAGUGCAAGGAGUUCUGGGAUACAUUUCUUCACACCGACGUCGGGUUCAGAAAGUACCUGGAACAUGUGGCUGAUUCAAUUUCGGAUUGGACUAAAGAGCAGGAAGUCAAGCGACAGCUGAAGCUCGUGGGAAACCUUCCCGAGUCAUUAAAAGGUGCUGCAGCUUGUCAGCACCAAGGCUCUGACAGUGUGACUGCAAUUACCGACGUGCGAAGUCAGACGUCAGAAGAGAAAGUUGGUGAUUGUGGAGAGCAAGAGGACACGCUGGAGUCGGUCAUCAGAGAAGGCUCUCUUAAAGCAUUGAGUUUGGAGAAGGAUCAUCUCACAGAUGAAGAGGUGGACAAGAAAGCAAAGAGAGAGAAGACACAUAAGGGUAAAGAGCAGAAAGAGGAGGCUGAAAACAAACCUUUAUCUGGUGCCGAGAAGAGCAGAACAAAAACAUCAGAGUGCGCUGAGUGUGUUAUGACAACAGCACCCCCUGUGGGAGAAAGUCAACAAGAGCAUCCAUCAGAGGAGGUGUCCAAGGCUUUCACAGGCUACAGCAUGGAUGGAAAGUUGAUCCAUGUGUCAGGUCGUCUCCAGCAUCUUUUCCCCUCAGAUGGAGGACACAUCACUGUGGAGAACAUCAGCUAUACUGAAGGUUCAAGUCUGAUGAAAGUGGAGGUGAAAAUAGACGGGCAUUGCUUCUACACACACAUCAACCACGUCGUCGAUUCUGCAAACACUCAGGAUAAAGACGGAGAAUGCAACAAGAAAAAUGAUUUUAAAAGGUUGAGUACAGGUAAGCAGGCGUCCCUCUCAGCGGUGUUCAGCAACGGAAUCAACCUGUCAUACAGUUUCUAUGGACCCACAGGGCAACACAUUAGGGACGCACCAGUGAGUACUCGGGUAACGCAGAGAGAAAGGAGUGGCUCUUCUACCCAGAGCUCUACGGUGUGUGAAGAUCAGCCUCCACCACCAUCAUGUCCCUUCAACAGUCUCAGCUUCUCCGUCCCCAGUGGUCUUCUGUUACAGUUCCUCAGAGAAGACGCACAAGACGAACAGAGUGUGUUGGUGAAACAGAGCUUCCCUCUCCACCAGAGAAGAGUUGUGAAGCCACGUGAGGACUUCUCGCUUUCCAGUGAAAUAUCACGAGUCAUUACCAGCCAGGGAGCUGUGAUCUGUUACAAGAGAGACGGGUCCACGCAGGUGCUGUUUGCAGAUGGCUCAGUUAGUGUCAGUCAGGAGGACUCUGGUCUGGGGGGCGUCUCAGACUCAGAGGCUAAUGUUGAAAAUGCCCCUCAAGAAGGAUUGACUUUGAAAAGCGGUGCUGAUCCUCAGACAAGGUGUUGGUUAACCACAACUCCCUCCGGAUCUCACGUCUAUACUGUGGGAACCACAAACCAACACGUAGCCGCCGCUGCCCCGCCUCUUCUUGUCUACAAGUUCACAGACCCAAUUACCCACGAUGUGAUGCUAACCCGGGAGGAUCACAUUGUUUUCAUCCACUACUCAGACGGGUCUGUCAGUGUAGAACAUGCAGACGGAACCAGAAUCACCAGCCUCUCCAAACACGGACAGUCCACAGUGGACCACCUGGAGCAUGCGUCCUGUCCAUCAGAUCAGGAAUCUACUCACGGAAGGACAGAAUGUGUGCAGGCCACACGCUUUGCACAUGGUGUGCUUUCCAAGCCAGAAGCGAGGCUUAAUUCUGACACUGGUGACAAGACAAACCAGGAAAAAACAUGUGAGAAGGAGUGUGUUGCAGAGAAAGUGGUGCUAGUAGAGAAAGAGGGCUAUGCCACAGUGGAGGUGUAUCCAGAACGCUGUGCUGCUCACGUGUUUUUGGCAGAUGGAACCAUAAUUACUGGGAACAGCCACGGCGCUUAUCAGGUGUUUCAUUCCACUGGUGGUCUUCUUGACAUCCAAAUCAAUGGGAAAUGUGUGUACUCGCCUGUCCGCUUGGCGAGUCCCAAACGACAUGGUGGCGCUGCCACCAAUGAACCAGGAAGCUACACCAUGAGUCAAGCUGACAACGUGGUCUGUGACAUCACGGACACUGAGGGGAAUCACUUCCAGGUGAUGGAAGACGGGCAGAUAUCGGUGCUGAACGUGAGCCCUGUUGGGAGCACACAAAGACAUGACGAUGAGGAACAAGAGAAUGAGGAAAAUCCAGAAAUGAGGAGGUGGUGUGUCAAAGACAAACACUGUCUCAGGCUGUUUCUGGUGUAUGAAGAUGGGUCAGGAACUGAGCUGCUGAGCUCUCAAACUGUGGCGGAGCUUCUCAACCAGUCCUUCUCUGAUCCAACUGUCCAAGUGCUGAAGGAACCCCUGCCGAGCCCACAAACUGAAGGUGAUGUUGGCAUUACCAUCCUCAAGCCCGGCCGCCAGAGCAUUUGGUCGCAGUGGCUACGACACAAACACAACUCCAACAUGGCACCACCCAACUUCACAAACCGCACCUGGCACAGCUUCCCUCAGUCAGAGAAGAAGAUCCCUGGUCCACCAUUUGGUUCUGAUCUGGGACGUGGUCUGACUUUAAGAGACGACCUCAGUGCUUCUGAAGCACAGCAUCAGCCUCUGCGUAGCUGCCCUCAGUUUGUGGAGUUGCGGAUACUAUAUCAGUACCGACCUUUCCCACAAAUGCUCCAAACCUCUGUGCACACGGGUCUGAAGAAUUAUAUCAAGAGUUUGAUGGAGAGGGAGGAGCGAUACGAAAUGUUGAAGGUUCAUAACCAUCAAACUGAUGAAGAGGGAGACCUCGCCUGUAAUUUACUCAGUCUGCUACUGUCUCUCAGGGAUGAAGAGGAUGCACGUGAUACCUUGGAAAACAGCUCUUCAGGGGACAUAGCUGCUCUGUACAGCCAAGGAGUUAAAGCUCUGGAGGAGUCUAAUCUGUCAGAAGAGCCGACUUUAAGCAGAUCUGCCAUGUCAUCUGGUUUAAUGAAAGAAAAUGAGUCCAAAUGGCCUGAAAGACUCGCACAACACAGACAGGAGCUGUGCAAGAUGACGGCCCGCAGAAAAGCUUUGAAAAAGAAAAGCAGUGUUCCGUAUUUCCACCCCGAAAAUGUGCAGUUAUAUCAGGGUCAGACAGAACUCCAAACAGCAGACAGGAGAAGUCCGCUCAUGGAUCAACCUCUCACUUCUAAGGCAAAACCCGCUGAGACCUUCCUGAGUGACAACUUCGAAAUGAAGACAAGUUCUGAAGCAGGAAGCGAUGCGAUGACUGCAUCCAUGGCGCGCCUAACAUCCCCCAGGGUAGAACGUAUAGAGAUCUUCUUGACUGAUGUCCCACAAGAGACGAGUGAGAGAAACGUUGGGAGCUCAGUACAGUGCCAGUCAGUCCAGCUGGAUGUCACUGGAAAACCAAGACAGGCUGCAGUCAGACUUCCAUCCUGUAUUCUCAGCGCCAAACCCCAGAGUGUCCAGUUUCUGUCAGUGGAAGAGCCAGUGAGGAGGAAGUGCCGAACAGUAUCUUUGUCUAAUCCAAACACUAUAAUCCGGGGUUUCCAGCUCCUCCCAUGCAGGGUUGACUUUGGGACAGUAUGGGCGGGAACUUCUUCUGCAGUUACUGUGAUGAUGAAGAACGUGGGUGUGGACACCUGCAGAUUCCAUGUGGAACAGCCUCCUCCUGCUACAGGACUCCAGAUUAUCUACAAACCUGGGCCUGUAGCUGCAGGAUUGCAGAUUGAACUGCUGGUUCAACUGUUUGCCAAUAGCGCCGUCCAUUCGGGUGAGAUUGAGUCAAAGAAUUAUAUUUGCCAGGACAUAACCAUCCGCACAGAGAGAGACAUCCUCUACCUGCCUGUGACUGCAACAGUCCUUCCUGAAAAGUGUCAUGACCUUUCAGAUUGUGAAAACACCAGAUCACACCGAAAGAAAGACUCCAGGUCCGCAUCAUCCAGCCCUCCCUUUAAGCAAGGACUCAUCUGGCCAGCGAGAGGAAGCUCUGCUCGUACCAGUGCAGCACGCACAGGACAUUCCCACUCCUCCAGUAGUCUGUGAGAAAUGACCACCAUCCAUGUUAAACCCAGAUCUCACAUUAUGUUCUUAAAGCAUUGUUAUUUGAAACUUUAAAACUGAGAUUUAUUUCAUAUUUUUUCCUCCUCUGGGCUUGAGAAUUGAGAAGUGUAACAAAUUAAUUGAAUUAAAGUGUUUAAUUCUUACAUGUUCUGUGUGUUUGAUGUGAGAAUGCAUUAGAAACUGGACUUGUUUUUCCUUCAUACACACCUGCAUAUUGUGUGCCACCACUGUGGGAAGUUUCAUUGAAUGAAACCCAUGAAGCGGUUGUGGAGGAGUUGCCCUUAAGAACUCAAUAUUAUACAGUAUUUUGUGAGUUUGAUCA